GGGGAUCUGAGGGCAGCCCAGAAUCAGCAGGGCCUAGGCCUGCCUUUGCCCCGCUUGCAGCGGCGGCUUAGCCUCCGCGAUGGACACGGAGGCGGACAUCGCAGAGGACGUGCCCAGCAGUAGCCGCCAGCUCAGCAGCUGGCUGCGGCGGACGCGGCAGAACAAGAUCCGCAAGGUGCUGCGGGAGGUCUACUUGCGGGACGACAUUGUGCCGGAGCCUUUUGAGGGCGCGGAUCAGGUGCUAGUCCUGGAUACCAACAUCGUCCUCCAUCAGAUCGACCUGAUCGCGGAAGACGAGUGCAUUAACCAUGUGGUGGUGCCCUACACGGUGCUGCAAGAGGUAAGGCACCGGAACAUGGGGAUCUACUCCCGGCUGCGGGCGCUGUGCCGUGUGGAGACGGGGGACCUCAAGGAGGACGUCCGGGCAGAGGCGGAGCUGAACGAGGAGCCGGCGCCCAAGACGAACGCCAAGCGCGGGGUGGGUGACCGGGAGAAGGCCAAGGAGAUGGCAUCCGCCCGCAAUGCCCGGAAGUUCUACGUCUUCCCCAACGAGUUCUUCCGUGAGACCUACGUGGAGCGCCAGCCCGCGGAGAGUCAGAACGACCGCAACGACCGGGCCAUCCGCCGGGUGGCGCAUUGGUACCGGCGCCACAUCGUGGGCCCAGAGGUGCUGCUGCUGACGGACGACCGCGCCUGCCAGCAGAAGGCGCGCCAGGAUGGCCUGGCGGCGCUUCGGGCGGCGGAGUUUGUGGAGCGUAUGCGCCCCAAGUUCCCAGAGGCGGGCGAGAAGCUGGCGCUGAGGGACGAGGAGGAGGACGCAUCUGCCACGCCUGUCCCGACGCCCCGGGGGCAGAAGAGGAAAGACUUCACGACGGUGCCGGGCUCCGUGUACCCAGCGCACUUGAAGGGCAGCGAGGUGGAGAAGGGCCUCAAGGAGCGGAAGCUCUUCCAAGGGGUGCUCCGGAUGCACAUGAACACCUGCCUGCACGGCAGCGUCACGUGCGGCGGCACGGAGGAGAUGGAGGUCUCCGGGCGCCUGGCGCUGAACCGCGCGAUCGACGGGGACAUUGUGGUCGUGGAGCGCCUGGAGGACGCGGAGAGCUUGGAGCGUGCGGACAAGAGGCUGCGCCGGGAGGUGGCGGAGGAGGAUUUCGGGGCCACCCAAAAGGCGCCCUCCGCGACGGACACCCUCAAGGAAGGCGCGGCGGCUCCGUCCUCGGAGCGCGCCAAGGGCCGCAUCGUGGGCAUCAUCAAGCGGAACUGGCGUGAGUAUUGCGGCACGCUGCGGCCUCUUCAUGCUGAGCGGCAGCAGGAGACUGGGCCGGACAACUACAACAAGUCGGACCGCAUCUUCAUUCCCACUGACGCGAGGCUUCCGAACAUCAUGAUCAAGACCCGGCACUCCACGAACCUGGAAAAUAAACGCAUCGUGGUGGUGCUGGACGGCUGGGACCGGUUCAGCCACUACCCUUCUGGACAUUGGACGAAGAUUCUGGGCCAGGUGGGCGACCGCAACAUCGAGAGCAUGGUGAUCCUUCAUGAGCACGGCGUCAUCACCCGGGAGUUCAGCGAGGCGGUGUAUCGCUGUCUGCCCGCCGCGCAUUGGCAGCCGGCCGCGGCGGAUCUCAAAGGCAGAGAGGAUUUGCGGAAGGUCUGCAUUUGCUCCGUGGACCCGCCUGGCUGCAAGGACAUCGAUGACGCGGUGUCGUGCGAGCCCUUGGCGAAUGGCAACUUUCGGGUCGGAGUCCACAUCGCGGAUGUCACCCACUUUGUGCACCCCGACACCGCCAUUGACCGCGAGGCUGCAGAGAGAUGCACCACAGUGUACCUCGUAGAGCGGCGCACGGACAUGCUUCCGGGCCUGCUGACCACGGACAUUUGCUCCCUCCGUGGCAAGGUUGAGCGCCUUACCUUCUCCGUGCUUUGGGAGAUGACGCCGGAAGCAGAGGUGGUGGACACCAAGUACUGCAAGGCCAUCAUCAAGUCAAGGGAGGCUCUCUCUUAUGCAGAGGCUCAGGCACGCAUCGACGACCCACAGG